GCGCUCUCGCGUUUACGACGUCGCCAAACUCGUCCGUGCUGCGGCCGGCAGGGCUCAGUGAGCGGCCGGAGUUAGAGAUGCCCAGGACGGCGACGACGGCGAGCCCGAGGAUGCUGACGCUGCUGACGGCGGCCGCGGCGCUGCUGCUGCUGGCCCCGGCGCCGCACCUGCGCGCCGUGCACGCCCUGGAUACGGUGCGGGCGGCCGCACCGCUCCGCCUCCAGAUCGUGCACCUCAACGACUUCCACGCCCGCUUCGAGCCCGUCUCCCCCAAGGCCAGCGAGUGCAAGGCCGGCGACCGCUGCAUCGGCGGCCUGCCGCGGGUGGCGGCCGCCAUCGGCGACCUGGUCAAGCGCAACCCCAACGCGCUCGUGCUCAACGGCGGCGACAACUUCCAGGGCACGCUGUGGUACUCGCUCUUCCGCUGGAACGCCACGGCCCACUUCAUGCGGGAGCUGCCCUGGGACGCACUGACGAUUGGCAACCACGAGUUCGACCACGGGAUCGACGGUCUGACGCCGUUCCUCGAGCACAUGAAGGAGUUCCCCUUUGUGAUCGCGAACAUGGACGACUCGGCCGAGGAGCGUAUGAAGGGCCUGUGGACGCCGUCGGUCGUCGUGGAGAAGGACGGCCACCGCAUCGGCAUCGUGGGCUACAUCUGGAAGGACACGCCGACCAUCGCCCAGACGGAGAAGCUCCGGUUCACCGACGAGCUGGAGGCGCUGGACCGGGAGGCGGCCAAGCUCAAGGCCGAGGGCGUGGACAUCAUCGUGGGCCUCUCGCACGCCGGCAUCGAGGUCGACCUGGACGUGGCCGCCAAGACCAAGUACGCCGACGUGAUCGUGGGCGCGCACUCGCACACCCUGCUGUACAACGGCACGGCCCCGGACGGCGAGAAGCCCUACGGCCCGUACCCGGAGGCUGUGCGGCAGGCCUCGGGCCGGACCGUGCUCGUCGUCCAGGCCUCGGCCUACACCAAGUUCCUCGGCAACCUCGAGGUGCAGUUCGACGACGAGGGCGAGGUGGGGUCCUGGGGUGGCCAGCCCAUCUAUUUGGACGCCGAUAUGCCAGAGGACCAGGCGAUGGUGGAAGAGAUGAAGCCCUGGAAGGCUGAGGUGGAGGCGCAGGGCUCCGUGGUCGUGGGAAGCACGCUCGUCGAGCUCGACAAGCUCGCCCACGACUGCUACAGCGGCGAGUGCACCCUGGGCAACUUCGUGGCCGACGCCAUGGUCCAUCACUACGUCGGGAAGGGUCCGGAGGGCACCUGGACGGCGGCCUCCAUCGCCUUCAUCAACGCGGGCGGGCUGCGCACCAACAUCGCUCCAGGCAACAUCACGUACGGCGACCUAGUGGCCGCGCAGCCCUUCGAGAACUCUGUGGACCUGGUGGACAUCCAGGGCCGCUACCUGCUGGACACCCUCGAGGACACGAUGGACACCCUCACGCUGCUGCAGUGGAGCGGGCUCCGCGUGGAGUACGACUACGGCAAGCCGGCCAGACAACGAGUCGUCCGCGCCGAGGUGCUGUGCGCCGCGUGCUCCAUCCCCGAGUACCGGCCCAUCCGGGACGACGACGUCUACACCAUCGCCGCGCCGUCCUUCAUCAUCGAAGGCGGCGACAACUUCAUCACGUUCCAGACCAAGCUGACAAACCGUAGGAAGGGGCCCGUGGACAUGGACGUGUUCCAGGCGUACCUCGGUACGCACAGCCCGCUCGUCACGGAGCUCGAGGGUAGAAUCCGCAUCCUGAACAAGCAGGCCCACCAGGAGGCUCUGCACGCCGGGCGCCAUCGGCGACCACGCACGCUCUUCUACUAGAGAGAGGAAGAGAGACAGAGAGAGAGAGAGAGAGGGAGAGAGCGGGGGGCGGGAGGGGGGGGGGCGAAGAGCACACUCGCUAAAGCGGAAGCUGUCGUUUAUUAUAAUUAAGUUGGGAACGGCUUGAACACAAGUAACAGCCCCACCAAGGCAGUAGAGGCCGUGAAUGAAUACACAGUAUUAAAGACAAUCUUAAAGCUAA